AUGUUUGAUAAUAGUUAUCAUUAACUCAAUCCUUAAAUAAGAUCAAACAUUAAUGAUGAAUUAAGAGAAAAAAGGGAGUCAAAAAAAUAGUUUAGAUAUGUAUCUGUUAAUAAAAUAGGGCCAUCAGCAAAAAAUACUUAUAUUCCACUUGCAAGUCCACAAUUAUCAGCAUAUGCUAAACCAAGGGAGAGAAUCAAAUUAGAACAAAAAUUAAUGAGGGCUAGAUAGAAUCGAUCAGUUAACAUUCAGUGGAAACAAGAUCCUUUGAACGUAGCCAAUUAUCACUCUAUAAAACAUUCUACAGUUGAUUCUUAAUUAAAAUUUGAUGAUUAGUUAUUGUAAAUAGUUGGUGGUAGAAUUCUGUCUUCUGGAGAGAAGAGUCAUUCAAUCUAACCAAAAUAGAGAAGGAAACCAAAAAGUAUCAUUAUUAUAAUAAGAUUUUUAGCUCGUCAUCGUAUAUUUUCAAUGAAUGUUCACGAAUCAUUAGAACUUAAUUUAGUAAGAAAAAAAAUGAAUCCCUAACUUAUUAACAGUAGAACGGAGUCCCAUAAGGCAUAAAGAUUCAAUACGGCCUAGAUUGAUUUUAGUAAUACUUUAGAUUUUAACUAAUAUGUUUCGUUACAAAAGGGAAAGAGAUUCUAAAUACAAUAAAAAUUCAAUGAUUAGUUAAAUUGA